AUGUCCGCCUCGAUCGAAAACCUCAAGUCCUUCGACCCCUUCGCCGAAGCCGAUGAAGACACCGGAGAGAUAAAGCAGUCGAACCAGAGCAGCUACAUUCACAUCCGUAUCCAGCAGCGCAAUGGACGCAAGACCUUGACCACUGUCCAAGGACUCCCCAAGAAGUUUGACCAGAAGAAGAUCCUCAAGGUCAUCAAGAAGGCCUUUGCUUGCAAUGGCACCAUCGUGAGCGACACCGAGAUGGGUGAAGUCAUCCAACUCCAGGGUGAUCAGAGAAAGGAUGUCCAGGAAUUCUUGUGUGACAAGAAGGCCGGCCUGGGUCUUGAUGCCAAGACCAUCAAGGUCCACGGUUUCUAA